GGGGCUGCGCUGGCUUCCGCUGCGCAGGCGCACUAGUCGUUUGCAGUGUCUCGAGUUGGCGUCCGCCCGGAAGGCGGGGCUGGGGCUCACAGAUGGCCCCACUGCCGGGGGCAGAACUGGUCCAGACACCGCUGCAGCUUUACCGUUACUUGCUACGUUGUUGCCGGCAGCUGCCAACCAAGGGCAUCCAGGAGCACUACAAGCAUGCUGUCAGGCAGGGUUUCCGGGUUCACUCAGAUGAAGACAACCCCGAGAGAAUCCUGCAGAUAAUUAAAAGAGCCAUUGAAGAUGCCGACUGGAUCAUGAACAAGAUCCCACAGUGGAAGGAAAGAGCUGACUUCCAAAAGGCAUCGUCUGGCUUCGGUGUGUGCACUGUGGCAUGCUUCCAUCACACACAAGACCCCAAAUAAAAGCUAUAAAAAAGGAAAUGUGAGCGGAGAAAAGGAGGGGGUGUCCUCGAGUCACUUAUGGGGUUACAUGUCAAGGCACAGGAGGGAAGCUACCAAGAAUUCUGUUUGCAUGAAGAGCCCUGAAGUUUUCUGGGAGGCAUGGAGACAAGUUGAAACAGAUGGACAGCCCAUGACUGAGACAGUGGGGAAGAAACAGGGCAAAAGCUGCCCCCUGGAAACGUGAAGCCUGGUCCCCAAAGGUUCCCAUGGUUCAUUUCUGGAUUUAAUAAAAACAAACCAUUCAGAUUUGAUGGCUCAACACAGCGAGGUCUUAUGACUGCUCACAGUCCUGCGGGUCAGGAGUCAGGGCUGGGGUGGGUGGGGAAUACUGCCACUCGGUCUGCUGUGCUUAGGUGGUGGCUGGUCUGGGUGAGUGACAGGAAACAGAACCAUGGCUUGUGAGGUUCGCCCAUGCUUAGAGGUGUCAUGAGAAAUAAAGUGGUCUACACAGUGCUUUGCUUCAAGAAACACAUGGUUUUGCUUCCCACCCAUGAACUUUGAUAUUCGAUGUAAAGUAGUAAAGAAAGAAGAAAGGCCUGUUAUUUCCACCCUCCUUCCUGUCCUGGUCCUUUAACCACCCCUCCCUUUGACAUUCUAGAGGGAGGCAUUUGUGACACUCUCUUCUACCUGACAAUGCUAACCCCAGGUGAAUGGCAGAGUCAGACAUUGCACUUUGACCCGGAAAGCCCAGUUUGAACUUGAACCUGAUUUUCUCCCCUCCUCAUCUGCUUACUUGUGUGUGUGUGUGUGUGUGUGUGUGUGUGUGUGUGUGUGUGUGUGUGUAAAGGAGGCCAGAGGAGGGCACUGGCAUCCGGUGUCACUCUGCGUUAUUCAUUUGAGACAAGUUCUCUCCCUGAACUUACAGUUCCUAUGCUUUCCACUAGUCUGACAUUCACAGGACCACAGCUGACUUGUCGAGUAAGUGGGUGCUGGAGCCUGACUGCAGCCUUCAUGUGUGCAUAGCUUGCUUGCACACCUCUUACCUGCUGAACUGUUUCUUCCCCCCAGCACCCCCACCCCUUUAUGAUUGAAGGUCCUGCUAUGUACCUUUCCCCUCCAGGAACUACCACAUAGACCAUGCUGCCCUUAAACUUGCAAGAUCACCCUUUCUCUGCCUCCCGGCUGCUGGGAUUACAGGAAUGCACCCCUAUGUGUGGCUGGAACCUGACUUUGGAAGGAAAAGACUGAAAAGGAUCUAGUCCAAUAGAUGCUCACAGAAAGGUGGAGACCUUGAGCUUCAGCAAAAGAGUGCCUCCCGGGGCACACAUAGCAUUUCCUUACCUGUUCUUUUAUAAACCCCUGGAAAUAUAGGCACCCCCUCCAAAAAAAAAAAAAGAUGGACUUUUCUUUAGCCCAGACCCGAAUAAACCAAUUUGCCCUACCAA